UCUCUGUUGUAACCUCACUAGUACGUGACCCCAGUGGAUUCCGUAGUUUACGGGGCAAGGGGACAGACGCUACCGGAGCAAUAUGAGUUCGGCGGAGGAUUAUAAGCGCGGGUGCAAGAGGCCGUCUGGACGUCCGGAGCAGCAUUCAAAUAGCAGUUGGGAGCAGGCGGAUUUAGGAGAUGAUGAAAGGAAGCAGAAAUUUCUCAGGCUUAUGGGAGCUGGAAAGAAGGAGCACACUGGGCGUCUCGUGAUUGGAGAUCACAAAUCAACAUCUCAUUUCAGAUCAGGGGCAGAAGAUAAGAAGAUGAACGAUGAACUGGAACAUCAGUAUCAGCAAAGCUUGGACGGCAAAAUAUCUGGAAGGAAUCGGCGCCAUUGCGGAUUGGGAUUUAGCGAGGUUGAUACUCCUAUAGAAAACCUGGCACCCCUACCUCAAAGCACACAUAAAGAUGAAAGUCCAGUAUCCUCUAGCAGCAGUGACCGCAGCAGUGACGGCUCCAGUGACCAUAGCAGUGACCGCUCCAGUGAAAACGAAGAUCAUUCUGAAACUGAAAAAGAGACUGCCGCAAAAGUACAUGCCACAAAACCGAAGGAAAAUGAGAAAAUACCAGAAAACAACUCACGCAAGAACUACAAAAUGACAUUUGUGAAACCUAGUAACAAAUAAUCUUUAUUAUAAAGUAGAGGGUUACUGACUAAGCCUUAUUGCAUCAGUGAGGGGCUCCAUGCACAGAUUUCCGUGGGCAAUUUUAAAAGUGCAUUUUAUUUGUUUGGUAAAUACAAUGUACAUUGUUUAUUUUCUCAAUUUUUGAAUUUGGAUGAGAUUAUUAAAAUGUGUCAGAUUUUAAAACCGGAAA